UCUUGGUCUCCUCUAACUUCUGCUCUUCCAUUUCUACUUCACAACCUUGCCGUUCUCCCUCUCACGGAUCCACAAUGAACCGGCAAUUCAGUUCCAGAUCAUUUUCAGCUGGGGGAAGGAGGGGCUACUCUGUCUCCAACAGUGGUUUCCGAGUGGGCAGCGGCUCAACCUGUCUUGUACCGGUCGGAGGAGCGGGAACUUUUGGUGGUGGCUUUGGCAGCAGAAGUCUCUACAACUUGGGUGGAAGCAAGCGGAUUUCUUUUGGCCUAGCUUCCGGUGGUGGUGGAGGAGCUCACUUUGGAAGAAGCUUGGGUGGUGGCCUGGGAUCCAGCAGUUAUAGCACAGGAUAUGGAGGUUUUGGUGGCAGGGUUGCCCUUGGCAGUGGCAUUGGUCUGGGCAGUCACAUUGGAGGCUUUGGUGGUGGUGGUGGUGGUGGAGGAGGAUACGUACUUUCAGGCUCAGUGCCUUGCCCACCACCAGGGCGAAUCCACAAUGUUAUAGUGAACAAGAACUUGCUGACCCCUCUGCAUGUGGAGGUUGAUCCUGAGAUUCAGAGGGUCCGGGUGCAAGAGAGGGAGCAGAUUAAGACCCUCAACAACAAGUUUGCUUCUUUCAUCGACAAGGUGCGAUUCCUUGAGCAACAGAAUAAAGUCCUGGAGACCAAAUGGGAUCUUCUGUGCCAACAAGGCUCUCCAGCCCUGAGGGGCAAUCUUGAACCUAUUUAUGAGGCUUUCAUUGAAACUCUCCGACAGCAACUUGACAGCCUCUGCAAUGAUAAAAAUCAUUUGGACAUAGAACUGAAGAACACGCAAGAGCUUGUGGAGGAUUUCAAGAACAAAUAUGAGGAUGAAAUUAACAAACGGACAGCUUGUGAAAAUGAUUUUGUGGUGCUCAAAAAGGAUGUGGAUGGCUCAUAUAUGCAUAAGAUUGAUCUGGGAUCCAAGGCUGACUCCUUGACUCAAUACAUCCAGUUCUUAAGAGCGCUCUUUGAUGCGGAGCUGGCUCAGCUGCACUCCCAGGUUAAGGAGACCAACGUCAUUCUGCAAAUGGACAACAACCGAGAUCUGGACCUUGACAGCAUCAUUGCUGAAGUCAAAGCUCAGUAUGAAGACAUUGCAAAUCGGAGCAGAGCCGAGGCAGAGGCGUGGUACCAAACCAAGUUCCAAGAAUUGCAAACUACAGCUUUCAAGCAUGGUGAUGACUUGAAAUCAACCAAAGAUGAGAUUGCAGAUAUGAGCCGGGUUGUCCAAAGACUUCGCUCUGAAAUUGAAAUUGUGAAGAAAGCAAUUAACGGCCUGCAGUCUUCCAUAGCAGAAUCUGAGCAACGUGGGGAGCUAGCCCUGAAGGACGCUCGGACAAAGCUGCUUGACCUGCAGACCGCCCUCACAACGGCAAAGGACGAGCUGGCUCGCCUGCUGCGGGACUAUCAAGAACUGAUGAAUGUGAAACUAGCCUUGGAUGUUGAGAUUGCUACAUACAGGACACUGCUGGAGGGAGAGGAGUGUCGGAUGUCGGGUGACUAUGAAACCCCUGUCAAUAUCUCAGUGAUCAGCAGCUCGAGCACCAUCAGUGGUGCCGGCGCAGGAGGAUACGGUGGGGGAAGUGGCUACGGCGCGGGAGGAGGAGUUGGAUACGCUGGAGGAGGAGUUGGAUACGCUGUCGGCGGAGGGGCCAGUGGAUUAAGCCUUGGGGGGGGUGGCGGUGGUGGCAGUGGCAUCGGAGGGCACAGCCACAUCAGCAUCGGAGGAGGAAAAGUGAGCCGGUAUAGUAGUGGGGGCAGCUUAAGUGGAUCUGGAAGCCCCACGGGUGGUGGAUACACCUAUGGUGGGGGGAGUUCCAGCAUGAGGAUCGUAUCGACCACGAGCUCCUCGAGCAAGAGAAUAAGCAGCUAAGGUUUCCAAAAGCACCAGUCACCUCCUGCGUCAAGAAACCAAAGAGUCUCUUGUUAUCACUCCCCGCCCCGCCGACACGUACUACAAGCCUACUUUCUGAUAAUUAACCGGUCCCCACAGUUGCUGUACUUCCUCUACAAUGAAACAGGAAGCAUGGUCAGUGGCCUGCUUGGAUGGCACUUGCAAGCCCAAGUGAUGAUCAUAAGAUUGACCUGCUAUUGCAGCCCUUCCAGGCUCCAGGUGGAUAAUCACAUCCUUGGAAACUUCAGCCCUUUUGUGUUUUUUAAAAGAAAAUUGCUCCUUGCAUGUACAAGACCACCGUGUCAGGGCUUCGAGUCUAGUUUUCUCCCUGACAUGCUAGUUUUGCAUGCAUACGGAUGUUUCCUGAUCAACGAAGAAGCAUUUCAAUC